AUGAAGAGAUACUCUCGAUAUUUGUUGCUAAUCAUCAGCAUCUUCUUCGUUACCUUUGCUUUUGCUGAAGAACUUCAAUGCUCUUCAGACAAAACAGUCUACGCCCUUGACAAAGAGAGAGCAAUCGUAAGAGUAAGUGAUAUCAAGAGAGCUCACGAAAUGAGCAAGGCAAAAGGUGUCUAUGGAGGUGGAUCCCUUAUCAGACCUAAAGGAAAGAAGAACAGAGCCAUGGCUUCCAUCACCAAAUCUGCUUCACUUGCACUAAUUCACGUCACAAUUGCAACUCUGGUCCAUCUUUUCUUGUAUUAA